AAAAUAAAUAAGCAAAUAGCAGCUGCCAUUUUAAGUAAAGUGACAAAAACCCUGUUCACACCUUGAAAUCGAUUUACGUCACAAACAUUAAUGAAAGCGUUUCGAAGGGAACAUUCAACACAACACAAAGUAAAUAGAAAAACAUCCGUUACAUCCAGCUUCCAACAUUCGCACUAUUAUCUCGCGAGAACCAAUCCAAAAUGGAGAAUACAGUGGUGCUCCCCUAUUGGUCCGCUCGCAUCAAGCCUGCCUCCUCUUCCACAAAGCUCCGCCUACCACAAACAAAAAACUUUCCAGAAUAACGACCAACCUUCCUGUGAGUGCACAUGUCCAGUCACAUCCCUAGUCCAAAACAAAAACCACUCAAUGAAAAGCAGGUAGAACGAGCUUCAAAUACUAUUUCAUGGCACAAAAAACGUGUUAAACUCUUAUCGUAGAUUUCGUUACGCCAAUAUUGAUAUUGAUUAGUCCAUCUCGCUUAGUCUGAACAAUUUUGACGGUGUUAGACAAGGACGGGGCAAGUCAGUUUUAGUGUGGUUAAGAAAAAAUAUGUGUUCACGUUCAGUGUUCGUCGGUACACCUGGCGUGCGGGCGCACGGUCGAUAGCGCACGGCGGUGCACUAGCCCGUUUUAAAAUUCGAACGCACCGAAUAUCGGGACGCCAAUCGCCGGCGCGAAUACAGUCUCACCCGUCGACGUAGUGAUGUGUGUGUAAAUAUCGACAUCGAUAGCGGUGAUCGUGACAAACAUGAUGACUAUGGACAUCGGGAUGUACAACAACCAGCAGAAUUAUGGCAGCGCCGAGUUUUACCAGCAGGGGGCAGCGUAUCAGCCGCCGUACGAGGGAUACCAUGAGGGGUACUAUGAGCCUCCGACUCACUACUACGAGCCGUUACUGCACUCGCAGCAGGGACAUGAGCCCCCACCUCCCGUCAUCAGUACCGAUACAGGUCUAUGCUACACAAACCUAGACUAUGGCGAACUGCAGCAGAAUUAUCAGUUGCAUCCAAUUCAGCAUCACCCGGAGCCAUUCAAACAUAGAGAGGAAGUUCGCCACGAGGACAUGCACCUUCACGAGCAUAAAAUAGACAACCAUUACUUAGAGACAAAGUAUAACAUGCACUUCGUUGACGAAGGAUCGAUGGCGUUCAAUCCAGCUUCUCCAAUGGCUUGCGGGGAAUUCGAUUACCAGCCAAAGGACGAGUUCGGCGGGUUGCGGGAGUUCCGGGAAGAUUGCGGGGGCCCACACCUUCCACCCACGGGGCUGCAGCAUCCGCCGGCGCACUCCGCCGUGCCCACCUACAAAUGGAUGCAAGUCAAGAGAAACGUUCCUAAACCUUCAGCGCCAAAGCUGAUGAUUCCUCCGGCGGAGUUUGUCGCCCAGGGCGUCAUGGGCAGUCCGCAAGAAGGCAUGCGCACCCCCACCGGCAGUCAGAUGCUACCCAACUCCCUGCUCAACCUCAAUAACACCGGCCGCACCAACUUCACCAACAAACAACUCACAGAACUAGAAAAAGAAUUCCACUUCAAUAAGUACCUCACAAGAGCGAGGAGGAUAGAGAUAGCCUCCGCUUUGCAACUGAAUGAGACACAAGUCAAAAUAUGGUUCCAGAAUAGACGCAUGAAACAGAAGAAGAGAAUCAAGGAAGGGCUAAUCGUGGCCCCCGAGGUCCAGGCAGCAGUUUCGUCUGAUGUUGUUGGCUCCAGUGAGAACAGUCGAGAGUCAAGUUAAAACGUGAACUUGAGAGACCAUUACUAGUUUUGUUAGUGUUGAAGUGAAGAAAUUUUAUCUAUUUAAGACUUUGUACAGAGCUUCCUUGUAUUUAAUUGUAGGUUGUGUAAAAUACAAAUGUUCUUUACCACGCUCAUCAAUAUUUUAAAAACAAAUAUUUUAAACCAUAAUUCAGCGUCAUUUUUAACCCUUCAACUCCCAACGUCGAGAUAUCGACAGAAAAUUACCUCUACCUCUCGCCGUCACAAUAUCGCACUAUACUUAAUACGUGAUUUCAUACAAUUUAUAUAUAUUAUAUCAAAAAUGUCUUCAUGAGAAUUUGAGGUAGGUAUUUGACUUUUCUAGGUGCUUGGAGUUGAGGGGUUAAAUGCGAAAGCAGUUUGCAUGCGAAUUUCCUGCCUUACAAUCGUUUCGCUAAAUUUAUUAUAUCCUACUUUAUACACUCAAGGAGCAUUCCAUGGGCUGUCCCGUACAAACGCAUUUUAUUUAAUGUAUUACAACUUUUUAAUCGGCGUUUAAAGCCCACGGUUAUUUUUAUGUGCAUAUUUUAUCUGAACAUUUUUCACAGAAACACAAACUCUUCAACAAAUCAAAUCUUCAGAAAAUUCGCGUUUGUACGGGACAACGGUAGACAAUUUCAUGGAAUGCUUCUCAAGAGCAAUAAAAUCUGAUAUAUGAUACCUACUACUUACUGUAUUUCGGACGUAUUUUAUUGAAAUCUGAGGGCCUACUGCGAACACCGAAGUUCGCAUAUUUCGGGCAACUUCCUCUUUUAGUCUAAUUAAGGCGUAAAUAGAAUGACAGAGAUAGUUGAUCAAAAUUUACGAACUUCGAUUUUUGCGGUUUUAGCCCUGCCAUGUUGGCUAUAUUUAAUAUAUCCAAACGGACGCCGGGGGUCGUAAAACUUCUCAUUCACGCUCGCGUGGUCGAAGGUAGGGUAAAGAGAGAUAGAGACGAUAGAGAUAUGACCCCUGUCGUCAGAUUGGUUUGAGUCUACUAUAAAUUACCUCUAAAACAGCACGGCCAAUAAGAUCGUACACUUCUCAAGUGACGACAACAGCAUGGACCAUUUGAAGUUUUAUAAUUGGUAGACCAAUCAAUCUAUAAUCAUAUCCUUCCUUACCCUGUGCCAGCUAAAGUUAGUUCAUAUCGAUAAUGAAUGUAAAACCAAUGCUUAACUGUCAGCGUACAAAACAAAGGUUGGUAGUUUAAUAAUUAUUAUAACCAUAAUAUACAUUUUAGAAAAGAUAAUGCGACCAAAUUCCACGACUAAGUCGACUACAGUGCCGCUAAUGAAUUAAAGGAUUAUUUGGGGCAUUUUCUAUGAUAAGGGACCUUAUUGUCGAUGACGCUUACGCCGCACAGCGUCGCGCGGCAUUGUAUUUAUAUCGGAGCAUCGUUUAUAAUGGCGUAAGCGCCAUCGACAAUAAGGUCCCUUUUUAUAUAAAAUACCACAUUUAUGUUAUGUAACUACUAACAGCCAGUAUUCGAGACAAAACAAAAUUGGCCUAAAUAAAAUUUAUAGUAUCAUGUAAAAAUAUAUCACGUUUCUGUUGUCAAAAAUACUGUAUCAUACCUAAGUACAAUUCUAAAAAUGUACACUUUCAACAUUAUGUAGUUACAUAUUGGGCCUUGUUUAGCUGAAAACUUGAUUUAAGUACUUUACUAUAUAUCAGCUAGCUACGUACCCUUCGCAGCUAGAGAUGUCACAGACAGCUGCAACGCUUAGUAAAUGAAACAUUCUUAAUGUGACCCCUCACUUAGAAAUAGAUUACCUACCUAUAAUGUACCUAGGUAACCUAAUAUGAAUUAAUUUGUUGCGCAGAAGUCCCGUUUUCGUUUUACUUUUUAUAUACUAUAUUGUACGAGUAGGUAUGUAGACAUUAUUUUUUAAGAUUUUGUGUGAUGUUAGUUUUGUUACUGUCGAGUAAGCCUCAGUUGUCUUAUUUAAACCAUUAUAACCGAAACGUGAACUUUUUGAGCUUAGUUUAUUCGUUAUCAGAAUGUCGGAUCAUUAAAAAAAUAUACCUAUAGGUAAAAAUCGAAAAUUAUAUAACCUUUCAUACGACUCGCAGCGAUUGAUUUGAAUUUAUGGAGUAUGGAGUGUAUGGACGUAGGUAUGAUUAACGCGGCGAAAAUAUAAUACUUCCAUUUAAUCUCCGCUCGAUAAAAAGAUAUGUAUCUACGCUUUAAAUACGUACGCGAUAACCGCGUCUUUAUUCUAAACAGCAAAUUCGCUCAAACAUAAGUAAUCAAACAUAAGUGAGCAAAUUUGCUCAAAGAUGAUCUAAGGAUACUCUAGCUGUAGAUUAAUAUAUGGUCCAUAUUACGGACGGUCGCCUCGGUUAGAGUACUGCUGAUAUCUACCAGAGUUGCGUUUUAUCAAGGGUUUGUAUCUAACAGGUUGCUCUGCAAAUUACUGGUAACUAUAUACAUGCAUAGUUGCUAUUUGUUUCUCUUUGUAGCAAAGAUUUUAGUUGGAAAGACAGGCAAAGAGUGAUUAAAUGUUACAAGCUGUUAUAAAACGCAAUCCUGAAGGAACAAAGUGUGGAAUACUUACUACACUGUACUCUAUUAUAAGGAAAUAGAGGUAUUCGAUAUUUCCAACUACAUGUAUGGUAGUCCCUACAAUACAUUUGUUGGUGACUAGUACAUUUGCGAUGGUGAACAUUUUUUAGACUUCCGAGAAGAUACGAUAAACAAGUGUGUAGGUAAGGUACCUGUACCUACCCUCGACAGAAUAAAACCUUGGGCCAACGUUGAAUGGAACCAUGGCAUAUUGAUAGCAAGGGCUGAUCCAGGGGGCCCCGCCCAGGGCCCGCUCAGGGGGUCCGGACUUUUUGACCAUGCGACAAAAAUUAACAAGAAUUUGACUACGUGACCCCCCGCCCCCUGACUUUAUAAAGCUGGAUCUGCCCUUGAUUGAUAUUGGCAUAUUGAUAAUAACUAGCGAGUGUUCGUUACAAUUUAAUUUAUAAUGUCAUUUUGAUAUGGUUUUAUGGUGGCGUACGGUGCCGUCUAGUUGAUUGUAGAAUACGAAUUAUAAUGGAGUGUCUGUCUACAAUAUUAGCACAAUCGGAAGGAAUAAGACAAACUGCGAAAUCUGUUGGACAGUGAUGAAAUUUGGCAUAUGUGUUAAUUAAAGGUCCCUUUUUUAUGUCCACACCGUUUGACAUUAAAUUUGGGGACCUCGAGGAACUGCAGCAAUCUUGGAAAAUGUGUGCCUUUCUGGAAAAAUUCGCAUUUUACUCUGAAUUUACGUAUUCUAUGGAAAUAGUAGAUUGUGAUACAACUGUGUUACGUUGGUCAUCACACACGAGGCGAUAUUGUGCGCGCGAGCUGUAAGCGAGCGCGUGAUAAUAAAGCCGAUGUGUGCAAUGACCAAUGCACACGCGUUUCAUACGACGUUUUUCAACACACUUGCGAGGAAAAAAAAGAAACUUUCAUAUUAAUCCAAUUUUAAUUGCGAUGGCGAAACGAAAGCUUAUUAACACCAUGUCCCGAAAACGAAGUCUUCUAGAAAUGUGGCUUUUCCCAGAUGGCUGCGGUUCCUCGAGGUCCCCAAAUGUCAAAUGGUGUGGGCAUGAAAAAGGGAUCUUUAAUUAACAUAUAUACCAAAUUUUGUCACUGUCCAAGAGAUUUCGCAGUUUGUCCUAUUCCGAUUGUGCUAUAUAUUAUAUAAUUAUGUGGUUAAACGAACAAUAUCAUUUAUUUAUCAAAAAUCAAAUGUGUCAUAUUUUUUUAUCUAUUUUUUAUUAAACUACAUACCUAAGACCAAAGCUCAUUCUUUGUUAUAAUUAAUUUAUUACUUACAACUUCUACUUAUGUAAUUAAAGUGUACAGUCAACUUGGUAUACUAAUAUAAUAAUUGCGUGUUAGGUCGGUUUGUGUGUACAUUUGUUAAGCUAAUAGUACCUAAUACUUUAUCAAUAAAUUAAUUGUAACUAUUUUCA